UUAGAAGAUACGAAGAUAACAAAAACAAGUACCUGUUUUCCCCCCACAAGAAACCAUCAUGAAUACAUUAGCGAUCCACGUGAAUGAAUAUUAGACAUUAAUUUCAAAGCUGUAGUAACACAACCCAUCUUAUUUACAUCCAUUAUUACCACUGCAAAAAUCCUAUCAGGUUAAUAAUAGGAGCACGGUUUUUAACGCUAAUUUUUGGUACGUCCAAGCUCGUGCUUUUGGGCGAAUAAACUCUGAAACUCUUAUAAGAAGGCAAGAAAAACACUUUGGGUUGUUACAAGAGUUUCAUUUCAAAGGGGUAGCGUGCAACGUCUAUGAUAAAGGCAUCCCAGUUUCUUCAUCACAUCUUUGAAGAAAAAGAGAAAGAUCACAUCAAAGUGUUGCAUCACUCACUUGUAAACUGGCAUAAAAGCACAUAAAACUUUUAAACUGCUCAACUAACAGCCUCAAGAAUGGCAGAAAAAGACCAAAUAAAUGUUAAAAUAACUGAUAAAGAGGCAAAAGAAACGGAAAAUAAUGUAGUUGAAGAAAAGAUGGAAGGAAAAGAGAAUAAGGAAGGUAGUGAGAAGGAAAAAGGUGAAGUCAAAGAGGAGACUCCUGAAAAAAWUGAAUCGACUUUUAAUCGAUUUUUUGGCUGGUUUAGAAGUAAACCCAAAAAAGAAGAAGAACAUGAAAAAGAGCAAGAAAAUAAGGAAGAAAUAAAAGAGACAAAAGAGAAUGAGAAUAAGAAAGAGGCAAUCGUAUCUGAGGAUAGCAAUGAAGUAAAAGAAGAAGUGGAAGAAAGAGAAAAGGAUAUCGAGACAUUCAAAAUAAAAGAAAAUGGAAUCGAAAAAGGAAAAGAAGACACUAAAGAUAUCCCCGCCACAAUUGUGGAAAAUAAAGAGACACUGCCAGUUUCUAGUGAUCGCAGUUUGCUUAUCAUCGAAGAGGAGGGUAAAACUGGCAAAAAGUUAGCCCCCCUAGCGCAGGCAGAGGAAGAAGACAGCGACGAACCUUCUGGGUCCCGGCCAAGUAUCGAUCGACCAGUUAUUGAGCCGAAGAGUGCCGACGCAGUACAAGCGGAAAGGGAAACAACUGAGAACAAGGCGCUGUCCCAGGACGACAUAGACGCGAAGACCGAAAAGAGAAAAUCAGCGACGGUAUUUCUGCAUUUGAGUCAACCAAGGUUUGAACGUCAUUCGCAGGAGGGCGCCGAUCCACAAAGGCACGAUAAGGCAUCUGAACACGACGAACCCUAUCAAAGCGUUGAACAAGACAACAAACUCGUGGCAGCACAGCACGCCGCCCCUAAAAAGGACAACCAACAGGAAUCCAAGAUGGAAGAAGUAAUAGAAGAGAAGCGUCAUGACGCAAGGACAGAAUCAAUGCAGCAAACAUGGAAGAAUAUGGAGGAACUGGAGCCUAACAAGACAUACCGUGUGAGCUACACGGUAACCACCACCACUGUUGAUAAAUCUAGCAAGCCCAAGGACAAAUCUGAUGAUGAUGAUGAUGAUGAUGAUGAUGAAAACGAGAGGUUGUUUGGGGAGCAUGUUCUUCUAUCCAACGACGAACAAUCGAAGCCAAAGUACGACGGACCUCCACCACAAGACCUGGAACCUGUAUUGACGUACGAGGAAGCAAAGAAGGACGAAGCUGGGACCGCUGACAUUGACAAAAUAUUCGCGAUGAUGGCUAAAGAUGGCCCUCCACCAGAAGGUGGAGUUACCGUCAAGUCCACCCGUCAAGACAAUGGCUCACAAGAAAUUCUAGAGACGCCUGAAGAUAUCUUCCGCAAGUUACACAACUGGGACAAAGAACCGACUGAUUGGUGGACCAGCACGAAGAAAAAACGAGACUAUGAAGAAUGGAUGAAGCCGAUGAAAGAGGGCACUAUUAGAAGGGUCAUCAUUCCCAAAGUGGAAAUUCCUUACGAUGCAUGUGUUCGAUUUGUCACUGACUGGAAAUACAGAGAAGAAUGGGAUAAAACUUUCUCUGAAAUCAAGAUACUCAAGGAUAGCAAGGACUCGAAACUCAUUUACUGCCCUGUGAAGAAGCGUGACCUGGCGUUUGAGACCCUAGACCGCAAGGAGAACGAUCCACCAAGCUACAUCAUGACCUGGAAGAGACAAAUGGUAGACAAAGAUGGCCAAGAAGUCGAGGUUUCGGAGGAGGAUAAAAAACAGCUGCAGCUCAUCACUCAUACAUGCGGUAUCAUCCUUCGUCCAUCAGAGAGCGGAGAACAAGCAACCUACAUAACAAUCCUAUGUCAGCUUGAAGGUGAAGUAGACAAGGCUUUGAAGAACACCUACUUGGCUGGUCACCCAAAGUCCUGGCUUCGCAGUCUCAACAAGUAUUACAAAAAGCAACAAAAAGGCGCAAAGAAAAAAGUUGUGUACCUCUAAUUUAAGGCACCCUAUUCCAGGCCCUUAGUUGACUAACUGUCGCAAGAGGCCGGUUUCUAUAUUAGGAGCCUGGGACCAACUUUAAGGAUAUAUAAAAGACUUGAAUAUAAUAACCUUAAACGUUUUCUAUGCAAAUAUUUUCCAAUAUAAAGAGUAAUAUGUUGCUCAUUUAUGGGUAAUAAGACUCUAAUUUUAGUCAAUAAUCAUCAUGUUCUUUAAUAAUUAUAAUAGAGGCUUUGCACCAUCAUGCGACGGCAGCCAUUUUAGAUGGCAGAAAAAAUACAAUCGUUUUACAUGGGAAAGAAUUCACGAUUCCGGAGAGCAAAUGCGUUUUUUUUUUUUGUUCUGCCAUCAAAAAAUUAAUGCAGUCCAAGCUAUAUUAUGGGCGCAGGCACGUGAUGGUGCAGAGCCUCUAUUAAGGUGCUAAGUUCUGUAAGAACCUGUUUAAACGUGUUUAUCGACCAGAACCUUUUUAGCUUUUUCUUCUAGUUUGCCCCUCUUGAAUUAACUUUUUUACGGAAGAAUCCAUCACGUGACGACAGCCAUGGUGGAUGACAAAGUUUUCUAUUAUAAGACGGAUCCGUUUUUCUUGUCCUUCAAGAUGGCCGUCACGUGAUCUUGUUAAUUCGAGAGCUAAAGUCUUUGUCCAGCUUUUUCCUGAGCUAAAUGUAAAACUGCAAUAAUGAUAAUCAUUGAAUAUAUAUUUUGUAACUGUAGCAUAUCAACAAGGAAUACUAGUUCACAGCAAACGUAAAAACACAAAGGAUAAACCAAGACUGGGAUGAUAUUUAGGCUCUGCAACCGCAUUGAUGCCUUUGCUUUAUAGGCCAAACAUACACAAAAAACAAUAGAAAUGCCAAGAAAAUAAAUUUAAAAAUUCGUAACAAUCU